ACUCCAUGACAUGGCCGAAUCGCCGACGGCUGCCUGGGUACAAAGAACCGCAAGCACCAUGACAUAAAAGACUCAUACAGCUCAACGGGAAACCUGCACCCUCAGUCUCAAGCCGACACAAUCAUCUCUAAGCAUCUUUUCCCUUACCUACACCUUAACAUCCGUCGCAUACUCCAACGCAACCCCACACCGCAGCACACAAUGUCCAAGCCCCACGCCCCAAAGCCUCUACCCUACGCUCUCGAUGGCCGCGAAGUCGACCUCCUCCACUACAUCUACGCGCACCCGGACCUCCCCACCCUGCGCAACAACCCGACCGCCAUCCUGGCCGCGAUCGACGCCUACAGCCACACGCACAACCCGCUCAUGAACAUCGGCGCCCCCAAGGGCGCCUACAUCCGGGACCUGAUCGUCGCCCACAAGCCCCGCAUCAUGAUCGAACUCGGCGGGUACGUGGGAUACUCCGCGAUCCUGUUCGGGGCGACGCUCCGCGCCGCCGGCGGCACCCGGUACCUCAGUCUGGAGCAGAACCCGGAGAUGGCGGCGGUCGCGAACCAGCUGAUCGAUCUGGCGGGUCUGAAGGAUGUGGUUCGGGUGAUUGUGGGGUCGGCGGCAUCGAGCCUCCGAGAGUUGGUGGCGGAUGGGGAGGUGCAAGCGGUGGAGUUGGUGUUUCUGGAUCAUUGGCAGGAGCUGUACCUGCCGGAUUUGUGGUUGAUGGAGGAGCUGGGUUUGCUGGUGCCGGAGAAGUCGGUGGUGGUCGCGGAUAAUGUGGUGAUGCCGGGGGCACCGCAGUAUUUAGAGUGGGUUAGGGCUGGGUGUGCGGAGAAGAGGGGGUUGUUGGAGUCGCGGAAGGGGGAGAAGGGGUGGCAGGCGACGGGGUUGAGACCUAGGCCUGGGCUGGUGUAUCAGACUGUUGUGCGGGAGAUUGAGACGCAGUUUGGCAGGGAUGGUGUUGCGGUCACGACGGUUCUGGGCGAGGAGGAUGUUUGAAUGGCUGGAAUGGCUUGUCUUAUCCAUGCUUGGGGGUAGGGAUGGGCUAUGGUAGAGAGGGCUGGAAGAUAGAAGACACUCAGCAGACGCUGGGUUUAAGUGAGCAUUAUACAGAAGCCUGCGAUGCUAUGCUAUAUUCGCAAUGUCGUUCCCUCGGUUAAAAGAGGCCUGAGUGAAG